CAGUUGAGCUCUUGGUGUCAUUUGAGUGUUAUCUUUGAAAGCACAGACAUGGACUGGGAAGAAAUAUGCAGGACAGUCCUGGUGUCUGCAGGAGCUGGUGGAACUGUGAUUCUGACUCCUGCCAUUCUGGCUUCACUGGGGUUCACUUCAGCUGGAAUAGCAGCAGGCUCCAUCGCUGCCAAACUGAUGUCAUAUUUGGCAAUCGCUAGUGGAGGUGGAGUUGCAGCAGGAGGUCUCGUAGCAACCUUGCAGUCCUGGGGUGCAGCAGGUCUGUCAUGGGCUGCCACUGCAUUAUUUGGCGGUUUUGGUGGAGCAGCAGCUUGGGUGCUCUCAACUGUGUGUAACGUGACUGUGAUUUAUAAAGAUUAACACAUUAAAAAAACACAAACUGACCUACAAAUGUUUUCUCCUGCGACAAAUUUUAAUCAUCUGAAUGAAACUUUAUUGUUAUGUGUGAAUGUCGAACACUCAGAUUAAAGCAUGAUUUGAGACAAAAAUGGUUCAUAAAAAUUUGAUUCACAUAUUUUCUCCAUCCCCCCCCCCAAAAAACCCCUGAUAUGGUGCCUUUGUUCUCUUCAUGACUUCAAUGUGAAAAUUAAAAAUCAUGCA